GAGGAAGGGAGAGAAAAAAGUGUCUUUUUCACAGGCAAGUUGCCACCAGUCUCUCAGGGGAACCCAUGAAAGUCAGAGUUUGAGAGCUCAGAAGAAAGACAGACCACUGGAUUGAGGUGUGCUGAAAAGUGGAGCUUCACUAAAGAAGAGAAACACUAAUUCUUGAGGAAUAACAGAGAGUAGGCACUUUGGUCACCUUGCAUCCAUUCACUCUAAUCAGUAAUUACAGUCACCAACUGCUGCCAUGGGUGAAAUGGAGAAGAUGAAAAAGGAGGUCGAAUCCCUGAAGGCACAGAUCGAGGCAGCACGCAAGGCAGCUCAUGACACAGACUUGGCUGCUGCUGCCUAUGGAGUGUCAACUAAACCCUCCAUACAGCUGAAGACCAGGAAGACACUGAAAGGCCACUUGGCCAAGAUCUACGCCCUGCACUGGGCCACAGAUAGCAAACUCAUGGUCAGUGCCUCACAGGAUGGAAAACUCCUCAUUUGGGACACUCACUCAGGAAACAAGAUUAAUGCAGUUCCUCUGAAGUCCUCCUGGGUGAUGACCUGUGGUUAUUCUCCCUCUGGAACCUUUGUAGCCAGUGGUGGUCUUGACAACAUGUGCACCGUGUACAACUUGAAGACACCUGUGGUGAAGAUUGUAAAGGAAUUAGAUGCACACACAGGUUACCUCUCCUGUGCCCGCUUUCUUAAUGACAAUGAAAUCCUCACUUCCUCUGGCGACACCACCUGUGCACUGUGGGAUAUAGAGACUGGCAAGCAGAAGAUUGUUUAUAUUAACCAUGUGGGUGACUGCAUGUGUCUGGCUCUGAACCCUGAUAUGAACGUCUUCAUUUCUGGGGCCUGUGACUCGUUGGCCAAACUGUGGGACAUCAGAGAGGGAAAAUGCACACAGACAUUCCAGGGUCACACCAGCGAUGUAAAUGCUAUUGCUUUCUUGAAUAAUGGAAACGCUUUUGUGACUGGCUCAGAUGACUGUACCCUCAAGAUGUUUGAUGUCCGCUCUGAUCAGGAGGUCAUGUGCUAUGAGGACGGACAGAUGAACAGUGCUGUGACAUCGCUGGCCCUGUCUAUGUCAGGCCGCCUCAUAUUUGCUGGAUAUGACAACUUUAACUGCAACAUCUGGGACUCGCUAAAGGGCGAGAAAGUUGGAGUGUUGUCUGGGCACGACAACAGAGUGAGCUGCACCGGAGUACCACUGGAUGGUAUCUGUGUGUGCACUGGCUCAUGGGACAGCUUUCUAAAGGUCUGGAACUGAUCUCCUCCAAAUACCCCAAAAAAGGGCAAAAGGAAAAAAGGGUAGAGUUGGAGGGGAGAUGUAGUUAGACAAGGAAAAAAAGAAAGUCAUGAAAAAGAUCAUGGAACCUGUCAGACAUUAAAUGUCACAAAACAUCUCUCUCUCUCUCUCUCUCUCUCUCUCUCUCUCUCUCUCACUCACUCUCUCUCUCUCUCCC